AUGAACGUUCGGCAACGUCGCGUCAAAAAGGACUCUGAUCGUCUAACCAGGCGUCUUCCGAAGACCCAGCUGUCGCCAAACUCCAACAUGAAACCUUGUGGGUUUUCCCUUGAUCCGUCAUUGAUUCGCAAAGAUUUCUGCUUUGGACUGGCAUCACAGCUGACUGAUGAUGACCCAAUGGAACAGUCGGAUAAUGUUUUAGAUCAGCAAUAUGAAUAUCAGAUCCGCCCCUGUAUCGACCUCAUUGAUUCACUGCGGGCGCUGGGGGUGGAGAAGGACCUGGCCUUACCAGCGAUCGCGGUCAUUGGUGAUCAGAGCUCUGGGAAAAGUUCUGUAUUGGAGGCUUUGUCCGGAGUGUGUCUCCCCAGAGGCAGCGGUAUCGUCACACGUUGUCCCCUGGAGCUCAAGCUGAAAAAGUCCCGAAGGGGUUCAGAGUGGUGUGGCAAAAUAAGCUAUCUAUCACUAAGCAUAGAACUUACAAGUCCAGCUCAGGUGGAGAAUGAAGUCUGGAAGGCCCAAAACUUCAUAGCAGGAGUAGGGAAAGGUGUCAAGGAUUACCUGAUCACCUUGGAAGUUGUGUCCCCAAAUGUCCCAGACCUGACACUGAUCGAUCUGCCGGGAAUCACACGGGUCGCUUUGCCUGACCAGGACCCUGAUAUUGGACAGCAGAUCAAGCUGAUGAUCAAGAAGUACAUUAGCAGACAGGAGACCAUUAAUCUGGUCGUGGUCCCCAGUAAUGUGGAUAUCGCAACCACUGAAGCUCUGGAGUUAGCAAAGCAAGUGGACCCCGAUGGAGAGCGGACACUAGGGAUCCUGACUAAGCCGGAUUUGGUUGACAAGGGAGCAGAAAAGGAGGUUGUAGGUGUGGUAAGAAACUUGGUGUACCCGCUUAAGAAAGGCUACAGGAUCGUGAAGUGUCGAGGGCAGAGUGAAAUCCAGAACAAUCUUUCCCUGCAGGAUGCCAUAAACAACGAGAGAGCUUUCUUUGAAAACCAAGAAGAGUUCAGAGUUCUCCUACAAGAAGGUUAUGCUACAGUCCCAACUCUGGCGGAAAAGCUCACAGUGGAACUGGUGGAGCAUAUUCAUGUAAAAAACAUUGCCGCUCUACAGAAACAGGUCAAAACUAAACUAAAGGAAGCAGAAGACAAGCUAAAAGUAAUUGGCACAGGCAUCCCUGACAAUGAAUCGGAGAGGCUUGCUUUUCUCAUAGAGAGAAUUACGCAGUUUGCUCUAGAAAUUGGCCGAGCCACCCAAGGUGAAGAGGUGGUCACCAACAGACAUCUCAAGCUUUUUACUGAAAUCCGUAAACGCUUUCAUCUCUGGGAAUUUCAUCUGAACUCUGCAGUCAAUGAAUUUCCUAAGGAAAUAAAGAAGGACAUCAAUGUCUAUGAGAAUCAGUAUCGCGGGCGGGAGAUGAUCGGAUUCAUCAGCUUCAAAACAUUUGAAAAUAUCGCAAGGAAGCAAAUUCUGGAAUUUGAAGAUCCAGCAGUUAUAAAGCUGAAUGACAUCACAGAGCUCAUCCGAUCAUCCUUCAGUAAUAUCGCUUCAAAUCACUUUUUACAAUUUCCCAAUCUCUACAGAAGUGCCAAGGGUAAAAUUGAGAAUAUCUGUAGCGUGCAGCAAAAGGAGGCCGAGAAAGCCAUCCGGACUCAGUUCAAAAUAGAAAGAAUAAUUUAUUGCCAGGACACCCUUUAUGGUGCAUCCCUUAAGGAGGCCAGAGAAGAGGCCACAAAUCCGACUUUGCUGGUAAAUCAGCCCAUAAUUUCCCACCAGCCCAGCCAGCUGCAGUUAUCAAUUGAUGAAAUGUCCUACCAUAUCCAGGCAUAUUUCAAGAAUGCAACGACUCGCCUGGCCAAUCAAAUCCCUCUUAUGAUCCAGCAUUACGUCUUGUACGAGUUCGCUCAGCAGCUUCAGGCUCAGAUGAUGCAGCUGAUCCAGGAUAAAGGGAUUCUGGAUGUGCUCCUACAAGAGAAGCAUGACUUGAGAAGAGAGAGGAAGAACUUAAAGGACAGCAUCAAACGUCUAAAUGCUGCCCGAGUGCGGCUGGCAGGGUUCGCCGUCUAGAACUUGCUUUCUUAUUAUAA